AUGGCAUCAUCGCCGGAGGAGAAGGCAGGAAAGACGCCCACCCUCCCGGUCCUCCCGCGGGCGAUAUCGACCAUUCAGAUUCUCAAAUUAACGCCACUAAACCAUGGAGGAGACCACCAUCGACUGGGUCGCGACAGGACUGCCCAGUUACCUCGGCUCACCUCGGCCACUCAGCCAGCCUGGUGGUCCUUCAGUCAGUUCUUAGUCAAUCAAUGCCUGUCCUUGUCCUUGGUGCGACCUCCCGACUUCUACCUCCCCUGCUUGUCUUGGCACGCUGCCCCCCCAAGCUUGGAAUGGAAUGGGCCUCGAUCGCCCUGCCGGCUAAAUCCAACAAGACAUUGGAUGACAUUGAAGCCAAAUAGCCUACCUGUAUACGUAAGUGGCUAUCUCUUUUCAGCAAGUUGCAUACAUCCCCACCUUUCAAAGUACUACAGUACUACUCGGUUGGCUUUCGAGAAUCUUUGGAUCUAUUUUUUUUCCUCCUAUUACUGUCUCCAUUUUCCAUCUCAACUAUACCUUGUCUAA